UGCUGCUGUUGCUAGGAGGCGCUGUUGGAGCCGGAAAAGGUGGCGAUGAUGAAGAGGAUCAAACCGAGAUUGAGAGGAGAAACGUGUCAUUUCAAGCUAAAGCCCACAAUUUGCACGUCCCAGUGGCAUUAUUCAGCGUCCAGAGAGAGGAAGGAGGAAAGAAGAUAGGCGAUUAUUUUUCUCUCAUUGUGCAGCUGGGCGACAAGGCUGCAUGGUGUGUGUUUCCUGCCCAGAGUGUGCAUGUGUGGGCGUCCAGAGAUGGAGAGCUAUGAGGACUUCUGUCUGCGGAGUCUGGCCAUACUGCGAGAGGCGGUGAAACUCAAGCAGAAGACAUGUGAGCCACUGCGUUUCCAGGAAGGUCGCUCUGUCAUCCGCUUCCAUGGAAGACCUGUACUUCAGCCUCUGCUGAAUGCAGAGCAUUGCGCUGAGAUGUGUGGCUACAGACAGAAGGCAGUCCAGCUGGAGAUUGACUUACAAAACCUGCAGAGAAACAAGCUUUUGGACCGGGUUCAGGGCAUACUGGAUCGAGACCAGGUACAUAAAGUAUCAAAUAAAGAGGAAGACAAGGUGCCAGUUUCGAAAUCUGCAACAGUUAGUGGCUACACCCUGGUCAUUGACUCUCCUGGGCUUUCCAGGGAUCCGGGAUUUGUGCCUCAAGUAAAUGAGCCUGUGAAACCAUGCCCUGACCCCCCAACCCUCCGUGGUUACAAGAGAGAAGAAGAUGUUGCACUGGAAAAGCAAGAAAAGAGUGAGGAUGAAGAGGACGAUGAUGAGGAUAUUAGUUUGGACAGCCUCCUUAAGAGAUCAAGGGAGUACGUGAAGAGAGAGCAUCAGAGAUCAAAGCCUGCCCACGUAACCAACCGGAGUCCCCCACCAGAGACGGUGUCCAUCAAAGAUGAGAAGAACUGUAGCCCUGUGAGGGACGCAGGUGUCGAGUUUGGAUUCAGUCUUCAUCAUAGUCCGAUUGGCCCACCGCCAAUUCACCAGUUUUCCCUGUAUGAUUCCAAUCCUCAAAAGCCUGUCUGCAUCUCACCUAGUACGCCAGAGCGGUAUGGUUGUGUUCCCAGUCCCAAGUCCAGCAUUAGUCCCCGUCCAAACAGACGCAAACCACGGCCAGUUUCCACGGGGAACAUCCAUAUCACAUUUCCCAUUGGCCCAGCAGAGCUUAUUCCUCGCAGCCCAGGAAGGUCAGGGCAAUGUACUGGCAUGUUAGACUGGGGAGAGACUUUGUCUGUGGGUACAACAUCCUCUGGUCACUGUGGCUUAGUCGGGACAGAUGGUGUUAAGAGGAGUGGCAUCCGUCCAACCAGUCACUGUGGUAUCAGCCCAGAGCAGGAGAACGGCAGCCCCGUUAGGGGCUCACUUCCCAGCUCAAUGCCACAACAUGAUCAUCUGUCUGCAGGAUUCCGCCGGCGCUGCCACACGCUGGACAGUCACCUGAAUACUUACCAGCCUGGAGCUGAGCACAUAGACCGCAGCCAGGAAAGGAUGCCUCGGUUAAUGGCAGGUGUUACGCGGUCGGCUCAAAGUCGGCGCACCACUGCAGCUCCUUUAAACCAAACAUAUGAGGUGGACAAUACCUCACCAUCUCUGCUGAGGUCUCAUGUGACUCCUGACUUUGUGACGCUGGGGAUGGAACUUGACAAUCCUCAAGGACCAAACAAUGGCAAGAAAAUGCCAACUGUCCUCAGAAAUACAACUGAAUCACAAGCCAGCAAAGCAGAAGAUGCCCAGUGGCGAGCACAGGCUCUGGAGGACAUGGCAAUGCGUCUGGAGGAGGAGCACGCCUUGCAGAUGUCUUCGCUCAUCGCUGAGCAGGAGAAAGAACAACAGCAGCUUCGUCUGGAACUGGAGGAGACAGAGAGAAGACUAAAGGAACAGAGUUGCGCAUGUCCUGUUAGUGGAGAGACGUGUGGCUGGAGCCGCAGGUCUGUGAGCGGCAGCUGUCCUGUCAUGAGCCCCUCCUGUCCAGGACUAAGUCCUAUCCACACACCAUCAGAGCGAUCACCAGGGCACAGUAUGGGUUUUCCCAGUCCCGUUCCUUCUGGUGUAUCCUCUCCUUCUGUCCAGUCUCCUGUUUAUCUGUGGGGCUCCACUUGGGCUGCGAACAAACCACGGGCAAGGCUUAGUCUGGUUGUGACAGUAGAGCAUCAGAGAGCAUUCUGUCGAAUUGGCGCUAUGAUACGCGGCUUCCUCGUGCGCAGACUGCUCCAAACAGAGAAGGUCAAACACCUGCGCCAAACCAUUGGGGAUACACAGGUGUUCAUCCAGACGUUUCAGACUGAAGCAACACAGAGGAAUGGCAUCUACACAGCACAAGAUCUGAUGCUGCAGGAGAGAGUCAGAGCUCAGUUACGUGCGGCCCUGUAUGACAUCCAUGAGAUCUUCUUUGAAAUGCCUUUGAGGGACCGCUUUGCAUUGCUGCAGCAGGAGAAGGAGCUGCGUGCAGAGAGGAAGCUGCGAGAGCUGGAAAAAGUCAAGUGCCCCAAAGAAAGAGUGUCUCUCUCUACUGCCACACAGAGGUCUCUGGACAGGAAAAAGAAGGUUAGUGAAUCUCCAGCACAGACCAGGAAGAUUCAGCACAAGCUAAAAAGUCCUACAACCAACAGAGUUCCAAAGCAAAGUCAACCCCAAAAUUCUGGCCAACUGAACCGCCAGGGGAGCUGGAACAGAAAGAAUCCCGAGGAGCGACUGAGGCGCUCUGACAGCCUGAAGAAACAGCACUCUCUGGGUUAACGUGUGACACAGUACCCCCAGACCUGUCAACUCGUAUUUUUAGUCUUUUAUCACAAACCUUGAAACUCUUGUCAGCGCUGCUAACAACAUGAAUGUUUUUAGUCCACUGUCCGAAUUUCAAAUGAUUGUACUCAUUUCCACUUUCACUGGCCUGUUGUUUUGACUGAUACUUUUACAAAGUCUACAUGUUUUUGUUUUUUUUUCUCAAGAAAAUAAAUAAAUGUAGCUGUACUGAAGUGCAAGUCAGAAAAAAGUCUAUGUUGAAUGGAGAAAAGAACGAUCUGUGCCUCACAACUACGCCUCUGUUGUCUGCUAUUUGAGCAUGCUUAUAUUUAUCAGAUGCCUUCAUAAAUUUGAAGUACUUGUAGCAGAAGGUGAAAAAACUAGUGAAGUGAGUAGAAUUCAUAAAUAUGUUUUUCAAGGGCUUUAAGUACCACUGUGUGCUUUUCUUUAGUUUAGACUGCUGAGUUUACUACACUUUGUGACAUUUUAGUAUGCUUCACUUUAAGAAGUAAAUGUACUUGUCUUUACCUCGAGGUGCUGUUACAUUCCUGUAGCCUCACAUGCAGAUGCACUGCAGCAAUUCACUUAUCUUUAGAAAUCUGUUUACAAAACAUGAAUAAGAGCAAGAGUUGUAUAAACAAUUGUCAAAGCACAUUUUAACUAAUUAGUAAAGUCACUUGUUAGCUGCAGUGCCAGUUGUGUUAUUAUGCUGCUUCUGUGAUGUUUUUCUCUGACGUUGCUGUGAUUAUUUAAAGAAGUUAUCCUUUUUUUAUUUAUAAUGCCACGUUGUUAUGUUUUAUAUGGCCACA